UUCAUUAUAAAUCCGUUCUACAUCUGUAUCUUAAACCAAUAGUAAACAUCAACUGACAAUUCUUAAUCUGUACAGGUGAAUAUAUACAUAUACAUAUAUAUAAUAUGUAUGUAUGCACGCCAACCUUAUAUUUGGAAUCCUUCAUAGUCAAAAUUUUUAGAAUUUUUAUUUUACUAAAUAAUAUAAUGAUUUAGUUAGUGACCCUAGCGAGAGGAGACUGGUUAUAUAUUAAACAGAAUCCACUGUAAAAGUACAAUAACCGAUGCAUAAACGAAAUCCCAUUGUACAGUCUAUACAAAGCUUAAGCGUGAUAUGCAUUUACAACAGUAUUUACAUAUGUACAGACGUUGGUUUUUAUGUGCGAAUCUAUGCGCGUAUUAGACAUAAUUGUAAUUCUAUCAAAGGUUAAUAUUUUCUAAUUCGCAGUUGGUUUUUUAAUGAAUGAGCGUAUAUGUAUAGUGACAUCUAUUGAGUAAAAUAUUGGUUUGUUUACCUACAUAUAUCAUUUUUAUUUACAUAAUAUUUUUAACUUUUUUUUUAUAACAACACAGACGCAAACACGCGAAGAAGAAGCACACUUGAGUGAUCGGAAAAAAAAAUGAAGAAAGUAGCAGUAGCAAUAGCAGCAAUAGACACGAUAGAGGCAAUAGAAGCAGUAGAAGAGGUAGCGACAAACAAUAUGAUUAUAGUAUUAUUAAACAAAUAUGUGAGACGCCGUCCAAGUGAUCGAAAUAACAACGAGUACAUGUCAGUUUAUCAUAGCAAUGGGUUGCAGCGUGUACUGUCGCACCUGUGCAGUACCUCCGAGAGCCGAAGCUGAAGGAAUGAUAAAUAUUUUUGCGAAUACAAAAAUAAUAACGCUCUUAAGUACUCUUAAGGAGUGGCAAUUGGAUAUUAUGCAGGAUGAUGGAUUAUCUCAGUGUAUUUGUAAAACAUGCGAAGUGGCGCUAAUAAAAAUAGAUAAAUUCAGAUUACAAGCUAUGCGUGCUAAAGAGUACUUACAAACAAGACUUCAUUCAUUAGAGACGUCAAUAGCUACUUAUGGAGAAGUGAUCAAUGAUAAUGAAAAUGACCUUCAUGAUAAAACGAAAUCUGAUGGAGUGAAGGAGCCAUAUGUUGAAGAAGCCAUAGAGAGUUCAUUUCAAUCUGAAAUUACAGUUACUCAAGUGGAAAAGAAAACAGUAAAUGCUGCUAAUGUAAAUGAAAGCUUGAGCAAUAUAGAACAACCAAACAUUGAUGAAUCAGGUUUAAGUGCUGUCAAUGAAGAAACCGGUGAGUUAUCGUUUGAAUCGAAUAUUGAGUCUAGCAGACCGCUCGAAUUUCAGAUCAUACUAAUUGAAGAAGAAGAAGAGGCAACAUCACAGUGGAUAAAUGAAGACGAAAAUGCUGGUGAAAGGGGAGUUCAAAAAACUGCUAAAAACAAUCAUAUUUCAGCGGAACCUACGCGGAGAAAAUCAAAAAAAAUACGGUGCUUCGCGGAACCCUCCAAAAGAAAAAAAAGAAUCAAAAGACAAGAGGGAAGUACAACUGAAGAUUAUUUAAGUGACUAUAAACAAAAUAAAAAAUAUUUUAAAAAAUCAGAACACACUCAAAACAUCAAAAAGUGCGAAUUAACAUCUAAUGGAAUUUCGCAAUCAACGCAAUUGCAUUUGGUACAUAAAUGUACAGCUGAUGAGAGUACGCCAAUUAUUUACAACACAAAUGACGCCAACAGAGAUCCUCAAGAGCAAGUGAAUGACCUUCACACAUGGUUAACUACAAUAAACGAACAGGUGGCAUCAUUUAAGCCGAUAGAAGAAUCAAAUAUCUUUUCAGCUGAUGAUUUACAAUCCGUACUCUUGAAUGAGUUAUCGAUGCAAAUGAUCAAUGCAAAUGUAAACAUUUUGGAGGAAGACUUUCAAAUUGAUGAAUUUGAAUCAUUGCUGGCAGCAGUUGAUGAACAGGCCUCCACUUUGGGCUCAUUUAAGGACAAUAGGCCACCAAAUUUAAUUGCGACAGAAUAUAAAGAGAAUGAAAAUGCAAUAAAAUUAGAUAACGUUAUUCUAGAAAGCAAUAAUGCUAAAAAAUCCUUAAUACUUCAUGUUGACGCUUGUCACUUAGCUAAACAGACAGUUGAGGAGACUCAACAAGUAAACAGUGACAAAUCUGUUCUUUUACACACAUUACAAAGCAAAGAAAGUGUUAAUUAUGGGAGAAAUAAUAAGCAAGAAGAAUUAAGUGAAUCUUCUUCCAACCAGAAAUGGAGUGAAGAGUUUACUCAAAUGAAUAACAAACACCUCAAAACCCAAUAUAAAUCUCUUGAUAUGAAACGAUCAAGGAAAAUAUCUUUAAAAGGUAUGCGUUGCCGCCUGUGUGUAUGCAAGGUCUCGGAUCAGCCGGUUUUCGCUACAAAACAGCUUCUAGACGAUCAUAUAUCAUUGAUACACGAUGACAAAGAACGACCAUAUAAUUGUCCAGAGUGUUCAGCGAGAUAUCGUACACGAAGCGGGUGUAUAGCGCACAUAAACGCUAUACAUUUGAAGAAAGGCGACAAAUGUGAGUUGUGUGAUAAAAUUGUUGUUGGCGGGACUGGACAAAUGCGUAUGCACAUUGAACGUAAUCACACCCACGGUAACUACAAAUGUGAAAUCUGUCAGAUGGAAUUUAAAAACGUUUCACUUUACAAUUUUAAAUAUCACAAAAGAUGGCACAAUGAAGAUAAAUUGUGGAGAUGUCAACUUUGCGAGAAAGCAUUUGUUACGCGUACUCAUCUGUUGGAGCAUAAAGUGACACAUACACGCCAAGGCGAUUUCCUAUGCACACGAUGUGGAAAAAGUAAGCGCAGUAAAUGGGAACUUCGUACACACCUCUAUUCCAUUCAUGGGGAAGGGGAACCGCCACUUAAAUGCAAUUAUUGUGAUGAAAAGUUCACUCAGCAUAUACAAAAACGAGCUCAUCUUGAACGAUAUCAUCCUGAUGAGUUAGCUAAACGUAUAGUUCCUUGUGCAAAAUGUGAAAAACAUUUUUCCACAGCAACCAAUCUUCAAAGACAUAUAAAACAAUGUCAUAAUGCUGACUUAGAAUUCUCCUCGGUUAUCAAAUCGUCAACGUCACAGUACGAAGGGUUUAUGUGCGCACAUUGCCCACGUAAAUAUCGUUCGAAAUACGCGCUUAUUAAGCAUCUAAGAGUACAUGCGGUAAUGGAAGAUCGUCCAUAUUCAUGCCUUGACUGCGAAAUGCAUUUCAAGCAUUUUUCAGAGUUAGAUCGACAUGAUUUACAGCAUCAUGCUACUGUUCGCCCGUAUAGAUGUGAUGAGUGUUACAAAGAUUUCUCUACAAAAACGGCUCUCAAAAUACAUGGUCACGUUCACGAAGUCAAUGGAAGGAAUUUUCGUUGUCCGAAAUGUAAUCUGCGUUUUAAAUUUGAGAAAUCUUUAAAUUUGCAUCUUAUUUCGCAUACAACAAUGAGACACAGCUGCGAUAUUUGUAAGAAAUCGUACAUAAAGUUAUCACAAUUGAAGACUCAUAAAAGCCGAUACCACAGAAGAAUGAGCGAUUCGGAAGAAGAAUAAUGUGGAAUAAUGGAAUAUAGACAAAUAUGUUAUUUUAAGAAAUUGUAGUAACAGUACAUUAAAAUUUAGUUUUGCUAAUGUAUUUUAUUUAUGUACAUACAUUUGUACAUAUUUGUACCUAUAUGUGCGUUACUAACAAAAAGUAAUUUGGGUAAAAUUGUUUUUUAUUUAUUUCAUUAUUUAAUAUGAUGCAACUAUUAAUGGUAAUGUACUUACAUUCUAAAUGUAUGAAACAGGAAAUAUGAAAU